AUGACCUCGGAAAGCAACAAUAAUAAUAAUAAUAAUAAUAAAACUAAUGCUUAUAGAAUUAAAAAAUAUAAGAAUAAAAAGAGAUUUAAUCACAAUGAAUUGAAAAGAAGAAAUCAUCAAAAACAUAUUGAAACAAGAAAGGCAUUUAGAGAUGAAUAUCUUUCAAAGCGAAAUGUUAUUGACGCAGCAAUGGCUGAAAAAUAUCCUUGCAGUAGAAUAAAUUCAAUUUUUUUAAGGUCAAAUUAUAACAUGGAUGGCUUAAUUGGCUAUUUCAACACAAACAUCACUGAUACAACAUAUGAUUUCAAUCUUAACUAUUACGUUGAUAUUGCUUCUAAUGACUUCGAAACUGAAUUACCCAGAAUUGCUUCCAAAUUAAGUCAUUCAGGAUCAGAUAGCAUUUGUUCAAUCUUGGUAAAACUAAGGCAAUUGUUACAUCUGCAGACCGCAAUCAAUUCAACAUCUAUCAUUCGAUCCGGAAUAAUUCCUAAAUUAGUUCAUUGUGUAGACCCUGGUGCUCCUCAGCAAAUUCAGUGUAACUCAAUUUGCUGUUUGAGAAUCAUCAGUUCUUUCUCAAAUGACAGUAUAUCUCUCAUGGUGGAUUUGAAUAUUAUUCUCAGAUUAAUUAGCCUAUUAUAUUCUACAUCAGAUGAAAUUAAAGAGCAGUCUGUUUGGAUUCUAGGAAAUAUUGCUUCUAAUUCUGUAUACAAUAGGCAUUUGGUAAUAUACAAUAAAAGUGUUAGGAUCCUAGUGGGAUUACUUAAUAAUAGAAAUAGCUAUCAAACUUCAAUGGUACGGAUAAUCUCUUGGACUCUGGCAAAUUUAUGCAAAGAUAUUAGUUCAAAGGAGACAUAUUAUGAAGAUAAAGAAGAAUUAUUAAGAAUAGUACCGUUUCUUUCUUCAUUAUUAUUAUCACCUGAUUUUAGAAUUGUUUUAAAUGCAGCUCGUGUUGCUUCCUAUUUAAUAGAUGAAGAAGAAUCUACAAUUCAAUAUUUUUUAGAUAAUAGGGUUGUAGAGGUAUUAAUCAAUAUAUUAAAUACCGAUAUGGUAAAAAUUAGAAAGCUAAUUCUUCAAACUUUAGUGAAAAUUAGCAUGGGAAGUGACGAUCAAGUGAGAAAUAUUAUUGAUUUCGGACUUCUUCCUCUUAUUAAAAGCAGUUUGGAUAAUAAAGGAUAUGUGGGGAAAAAGAAUACAAUUUGGAUUAUUUCUAAUAUUUGUUGUGGGAAGAUAGAAAAUAUAAAAGAAGUUAUUAAUAUAGGAAUUAUACCUUUAUUAAUAGAUAUAUUAAAGUAUGACGUUGUAGACAGGAAAAUAGAAGUAUGUUGGGUGAUUUAUAAUUGUGUUACUGUGGUUGAAACUGAGUAUGAAAUAAUAGAUUACUUACUUGAUCAAGAUUUUAUUAGGCCAUUAUCAGACUGUCUUGAAAUUAGCGAUAAUACAAUAGUAAUUCUUGUUUUAGAGAUUUUUGCUAAAAUACUGAAUUUUGAGUUUAUUAAAGAUAAAAUUGUGAAUAAGAAAAUAUUUUCAAAAAAUUUCGAAACUUCUUUCAUAUUUGAAAAGAUUAUUGAACUAGCAUUACAUAAAAAUAAGGCAAUCUCGAAUCUAUCAAAGACAUUCAUAAGAUUAUCACAAGAAGGUAACUGUGAAAUGCAACGUUGUUAUCCUCAAACAUCAGAGUUGAAAUAUGUAGACUAA